ACUACACAAGAGCCGGUGCAUUAUUCUAUGGUGUGAGGGCAUCUACAGGUGCUUACUGCUGUAACAUUCUCAUUCUCCUGGCAAGAUGCCGAAAGCCGAAGUGGGUUCGACGAAAUACCUCAACAACAAACUCAAGUCCAAAGGUCUACAGCGAUUACGAUGGUACUGUCAAGUAUGCGAGAGACAGAUGCGAGAUGAGAAUGGCUUCAAGCAACAUACCAUGUCCGAAGCGCAUGUGCGACAAAUGCUUCUCGUCGGCGAAAAUUCCAACAAGUUCAUCAACGACUACUCGAACCAGUUCCUGAAAGACUUUCUUCAGUUACUGAGGACCGCUCAUGGGGAGAAGCAGGUCCAUAUGAAUAAAUUCUACCAAGAGUAUAUCGCGAACAAAUCACACACCCACAUGAACGCCACCAAAUGGUCCAGCCUGACCCAACUAGCCCAACACCUUGGCCGCGAAGGCAUCUGCCGUGUCGAGGAGACCGACAAAGGCCUUUUCAUCCAGUGGAUCGACAACACCCCCGAAGCGCUCCGCCGGAAAGAGGCGGUCCAGCGCAAGGAGCGGCAAGACAAGGGCGACGAAGAGCGCGAGCAGCGGCAGAUCGCCGAGCAAGUCGAGCGCGCGAAGGCGGCUGUCGGGGAGGAAAUGAUACAGCCGAACGAGGCGAGGGAGUUGGAGCGGAAAGAGGGAGAGAAGAUCGCGCUGGAUUUCACGCCUAAGGCGGCGGCGCCGGCCACCGCUAACGGUUCUACGGCGGAUAAGCCAUCGGUAGGGAUCUCUUUGGGCAAGGCGAAGGUGAAUCCGUUGUCGGCGAAGAAGAAUCCGUUGGCGGGGAAGAAGGCGGGGCCCGUGAUGCCGCAGCCGAAGAAGAUGAGCGAAGCGGAGAGGAUCAUGAGGGAGGAGAUGGAGCGGAAGAGGGGAAGGGGAGGGCCAGGACAGUCUGGAUUGGGUGCGAAGCGGCAGAAGAUGUCAUGAACGGGUAUAUUAUGGUUGAUGAUCGCAUUCCUGGAGUUGGGCAGGCGUAUAUAGGUGC